CAUCCCAAACGAUGACGUGAUUGCUACAAAAAAUAAAAACCUGAUUCAUAUUUUCAUCUCGAAAUUCAGUACAUGGGUUCUCAGUCUGGAAAAAUUACGCGUUCAUCUAAAAUGGCCGGAUCUAUAGACAUUCAACAGUUUAUCAAGGAAGCUAUCUCCAAAGACAAAGUUGUAGUGUUCUCCAAAUCUUACUGUCCUUACUGUAAGCUGGCAAAAGAUGUUUUUGAGAAAGUGAAGCAACCAAUUAAAGUUAUUGAGUUGAAUGAACGUGAUGAUGGAAACACCAUUCAAGAUAAUCUCGCACAACUGACUGGUUUCAGAACUGUACCUCAAGUCUUUAUAAAUGGCAACUGUGUGGGAGGUGGCUCUGAUGUUAAAGCAUUGUAUGAAUCUGGAAAAUUAGAACCUAUGUUAAUAGGAUAAAUUUCAAAUUAAUUGUUUUAUUAUUAUUUGCAUAUUUAAAUUUAUAUUUUGGUGUACAUAUAAAAUGUUAUUUACGUUUCAAGUUAAUUCAGGGCUGUCUGUGUUCAUAUAUCUAUGUGCUGACGAAUCCGUUUAAAAAAAAUGUUUUAUUAAACAGUUUACUCUCAAGAAGACAAAUAUAAUUAUCCGUGGUUUUUCGUUGAAAUCUGAUAUUUAAAAAUAUAUGUUCAUGUUGUAAUUUAUUUUUUAACCUGCAAAAAUGUAGCCUGGACAGCCCUCAAUUAGCGGACCAAAUAUUACGAAUGGCAGUCAAUAUUCAAAUUGACAUUCCGACAGAACGUGCGCUCUGAAAUAAUUUUUUUUUUCAUCUUAUAUAUUUAUAAAACUAUGUUAUUACGUACUAAGUAAAAUUGACAAAUUUCGACUCUGGUAUCAUGUUAAAAUGACGGAUAAAAAAAGAGCACGUGAGAAAACGUACAGACAUUUCCUAUCCGGUGUGGACCCGACCAUUACUUAUGCAUUAUUAAUAUCGUAUUUGUAUUAUUUACACA